GUAUUUUAUCCUGGGACGCUUGACCCGUGUCCAGAGAGCACGAAGCCGCGGACGGACGGUGCAGUUUGGGGAGUCAGGAGGCGAUAGGCAGCUCAGCCCGGCUCUCACAGGCAGUAGCCGUGCGGGGAUGACGCUGGUCGGCUGCGGGGCUCGUCGCUGCCGCUGUCGCCCCGCUGUGCCUUUUGCGCUGUGACGGGCCGACACUCACCAUGGCUCCGCCGUCGUCCCGAUGCACAUCUGUCAGACUCUCGGCUUUGGCCAGCGUCGCCCUCCUCCUCCUUCUGUCAGCGACCACCGUGCGGAGCUCACAGGGCGACAAGGAGCCCGUGUACCGGGACUGCAUCAAGCAGUGUGUCCGGACCAACUGCACCGGGGCUCGGCUGCGGGGCUUCCAGUCCGCCCAGCCGCCCUACAUGGCGCUGACAGGGUGGACGUGUCGCGAUGACUGUCGCUACCAGUGCAUGUGGACCACCGUAGGCCUUUACCAGGCGGAGGGCUACAGGGUCCCACAGUUUCAUGGCAAGUGGCCGUUUGCACGUUUUCUGUGUUUUGAGGAGCCAGCGUCUGCCCUGGCCUCUCUGCUCAACGGCCUGGCUUGCCUUCUCAUGCUGCUGCGCUACCGGAGCACUGUACCACGCCAGAGCCCCAUGUACCACACCAUCACCGCCUUCUCUCUGGUGUCUCUUAAUGCCUGGUUCUGGUCCACCGUGUUCCACACCCGGGACACCUAUCUCACUGAGAAAAUGGACUAUUUCUGUGCAUCAGCAGUUAUUCUCUACUCAAUCUACCUAUGCUGUGUUAGAACAUUGGGUCUGAGGCGGCCUGCGGUGUCCAGCAUGGUGGGAGUCCUGCUCAUCCUGGCCUUUACCUCACACGUGUCGUACCUGACCUUCGUCAGUUUUGACUACGGCUACAACAUGGCCGCCAACGCCACCAUUGGCAUGGUGAACCUGCUGUGGUGGCUGUGCUGGUGCUGGCAGAACCGGCGGACGCUGCCCUACUGGUGGAAAUGUGGUCUGGUGGUUCUGCUGUUGCACGGUCUGGCCCUGCUGGAGCUGCUGGACUUCCCCCCGCUGCUCUGGGUCUUAGAUGCCCACGCCGUUUGGCACCUCAGCACCAUCCCUGUGCACUUCCUCUUCUACAGCUUCCUGAUAGACGACAGCCUGCACCUACUAAACACAGAGAAGAUGGGUGUCAAACUGGAGUAGGAGGAGCUUAUCACCUCUUCACCAUGCCUCCACCCCUCCUCCUCUCCAAUCAGGGCAGCAGGACACCCGAACCUGGAAGGAGCUCCGGCUCCGCAAUGAAAUGCAUGACACCCGUGCAACUAUUAAUUCCAUCAAAGUAGACUUUGUUUACAUUUUUUUCUCUAUAUAUUGGUUGGGGGAACCUCUAAUAUUUUUCUUUUUCAAAUGAGAUUUACCGUGAUUGAUGCUUGCACUACAAAACUUUGCCUUGUAUUGACUUGUGCGCUACCCUUCCUUUGCCAUCUAUCACUUGUGAGAAACUGGAUGAAGGAAAAGGUGUACUGUACCGUGCCACAGUAGACCCAGUUUUUGACUUGACUCUUGUAACUGUGAUUGGGGUGCAUAUCCUGUUUCUUUUGACUCUUGGCUACUUUCUCCUCGAUCUCCUUUAGCCUAAUUCAACUCCAUACGAGCUUAUUCUCACCAGCCUUAGCAUCUUAAAAAGUACAACAUGCACGGCUGCUGACACAGGCUUGCCUUUUCACAAACUGCAGUUGUGCGUGGCUGACAAUAGAUGGCACCACAGCUGUUGCUAAGCCAUGAGAGGCCACUCUGUAUGAUGCAGCAUGUGUCAGGGUCCGUCUAUGCCAAAAGUGGACUGGUAGACAGAGAGGUGCCCCCUGUGAGGGGGGUUACCACAGGAUUGUUCUAGAGAGCAGGGGAAGAGGGUUAUGUUUGGAGGUCAUUCUAGCUGACGGGGAUUUUUUUUUUCUCACUAUCACCUUUAUUUUUGUGCCUCUGCCAUCUCCAUCACUUGCUCUUGUUUAUUUUAUAUUCUUUAUCAUUUCAGAUUUCUACUUUCAUUUUGUAUGGGUUGCCUUACCUUUUCGUUAUUUUGCCUUUGUUGUUAAUCACUUUGUGCUUUAUUUUGUCUGUGUUGCUUUGACAGUUUUUAAUUUGGUUUCAAUUUGGGUGGGAUAUGCCUGAUGAAUCGUAAAAUGGAAAUGUUUUCAUUCACCUGGAUUGCCUUUCGGUGUAAGGAAAAGCAGAGGAGUGAUUGAUGAUGGAAGCAUAAGAAGUGUAACAGGAAGGUACAGUUAGUUGGGUCCUUUACAUAAAAUGAGGGGUGAAUGAAGGGCGUUCACUUGGGUUCUGGGGUGAGGUGGUGUGUGUGAAUGAGUGUUUAAUUGUUUGCCCUGUCCCCUUAAUUGGAUGUGGCUGGAUGAUUUUCUGAUUGCAAUGUUCUCCAAACCAACCACACAUACUGUACACAACUGCUUAGUACAGAUGCUGCCCCAUCAUAUAAAUACUGUCUCUCUCUACUUCUGCCUUACAUCAUGUACAAUAACCUGCCUUGUCAGUUAAUCUGUAUUUUUUUUUUUCUUUUUUGUUCAAAUGUCAACUUUUCCAAAAUCUGCUUUCUACACCAAAAUUUGUCAACAAAACUCUUGGCUAGAACUCAUACCAUGUAUGUCUUCAUCCCUAGGAGUUCCCAUAUGUGCACUUUACGGGUAUGUGUACAUGCACAUGCGUGUUUGUUUGGAAAUUCUGCCCAUGCCUUUGUAUUUCCAUGUGGGAAUGUGAACAAUGACCAGUACGGGUGCAAUGCCUUGACUCAGUGUUGUGUUGUUUGUGCAGUGUCCAUCACAAACUCACACAUUGUGUGUGCAUGUUUGUGGAAGCUAGACUGCACUCGAUCCCCUUUGUAGAUCCCCUGAUGUGUGCGUGUGUGUAUGCAUGUGUGAGGGUGGCUGUAUGAAAGUGUGGAUGACCAUGGGUAAAUUUAGCUUUGCCGAGAGCCAGCUGGGGGGCCUGGGGGAGACUGGACAGAGGAGGACAGAUAUGGAGAGGCUGUCGUGCUGGAGGGGAGUGGGGGUGGGGGCGGGGGUAAAAGGAAUUCUGAAAUAGGACUGAGAGGGCAGCCUUAUCAGAUGAUAUCAUACAUACUGUAAUUUAGUGGCCAAUAUUGUUUACUCACUUGGAUGCCAUACUGUAUGCCCAUAACCAUGCCCAUGAUGCUGAAUCAGAAAACAUGCAUUUCCAAAAUAUUCCCAAAAAACAGGAUGUGAUGUGGUUGAUUUGCUGACAGAAGAAAAAAGUAUUUUCUGUUAAUCACAAUUAUUUAGGCCAAACAAAACAGAAGGAAACUCAUCAACUGAUAAUAGAGGAUCAUCUGUAUGAAUAUAUGAAGGUUGCAUUUCAUUUUAACAAGUUGUCUUAGGAGUUUUCAUAAAAGCAAGGCCCACUUCCACUGUAAAUCACUCUACUGAUCAGUUUUGCCUCUCCCUUUGACCGACGAUCCUCCAUACUAUUGUUCAUAGUGACUGCGUUGUUCCACUUCUCUCUCACUUACUGCCCCCUGCCCUGUGCACUAUCACCUCUCCUACUGCGUGCACUUUCCUCCACCACACACCCAGUAGAUAAAUUUGACAAAAAAUGUAAAGAAAUGGGACAAAUAAAGUGUUCUUGGUUGAUAAGUUA